ACACUAAGAGGGUACUUGGAUCUCUUUAAAUGCAGCCAUUAGACUGUUACUUUCAUGCAACUUUCUCUUCACAUAUUUUCAUCAGGGAAAGUAAUGAUAAUAAAAACAAAAAAACUAACACCGAGAAAUCGAGUAAAACUCGUUUUCAAGUGCAUAUAAUUUUUUUUCUCUUAGCAAAAGAUCAACUUGGUGCAGUUGCAUCCUAAGCAAUUGCACGGUGAACAUCGCUCGGGUUAUCGAGAAAAUAAAAACUAUAUUUCUCAAAUGGAGUUGAAAUUCACAACUGUUGAAGGCAAAGUCGGCGCAACGCUGGACCGCAUGUUUGGGGUGCAAACAAGUUUUUUGCGCGUUGAACCUGGUAAUUGUUUAUUACCGCCUCAGUAUGUUACCCUGGGGAAGAAGAUUCGUGACAUGGAGAUCUAUCCAGAUGACGUUUGGAUGGUAUCUUAUCCACGAACAGGAAGUCAUUGGGCCCAAGAAAUGGUUUGGUGCAUCGGAAAUGACCUUGAUUUUGAAAAAGCUAAAGUUCCUUUGUUAAUUCGGAAUCCUUUAUUAGAAUCAUCGGCGUUGAUGGUAACGGGAAAAUACGUAGAUUUUUUUUCUCAGUUCGGAAAUUCCGUAGAGAAUGUUGAGAAAGCAGCUAGACCGCGUUAUGUAAAAACGCACUUACCAUGGGAAUUAUUGCCUCAGCAGAUAAAAUCUAAAAAACCAAAAGUUAUAUACGUGACAAGAAACCCAAAAGACACUUGCGUCAGUUUGUUCCAUUAUUUAAAAUUAAUUCAUGAUUACAAUGGAACAUUUGAAGAACUAGCUGAAUUAUUUGUUAAUAACACUGCUCCAAUGAAUCCAUUUUGGCAGCACGUUCUCUCAUUCUGGAACCGCCGGAAUGAAGAAAACAUUCUCUUCCUCACUUACGAAGAAAUGAAGCGAGACCAAAUUACCGCGAUACACAAAACAGCUGAUUUUUUGGGCAAAUCACUGACUGAAGAACAGGUUAAAGCGCUUGCAAGUCACUUGGAGUUUUCUAAAAUGGCCGCCAAUCCCGCCAUUAAUCUAGAAGCGGUUUUGGCGAAUGGGAAUAAAAUUGAAGAAACAUCCAAUGGAAAUGGUGAAAAAUGUGAAAAUAAUAAUGGAACAGAUAAAUUUAUUCGGAAAGGAAAAAUCGGGGAUUGGAGAAAUCAUAUGAAUGAAGAGUUGACCAGGAAAUUUGAUCUUUGGGCGGAAAAAAAUUUUAAAAAUACUGGGCUUGAGUUUGAUUAUGGAGAUGAAUGAGUUUUUCAAAAGUGCCAACUUUUUUAUGUAAUUUUAAGAAAAUAAAUA